AUGGUCAGCACAUGCAUCGUGGCAGUGCCGGAGCGAGUGUCAGCAGAUGUGUCUGCGCAGGAAGCUGCUCAGACCUUUGUCCAAACCGUGGGUGACAACAGGGAUUUUUUGAUAGCCUCAGCGGCUGCCUUUUGGACUUAUCGGCAGGUUCAGGAAGCAGAACGAGCCACAGCAGAAGCAGAACGAGCCACAGCAGAGGCAAAACGACAGGCAGAAGAGGCGUUCAAGCAGUCCGAUGAGUACAAGGUCCAACUUGCAGUCGCCAAGUUCAUGGAGCCUUUCGUCCCAAAGAUGCCCAAGCGCAAGGUCAUCCACGGGAAGGUCAUGGACACCAUCGCCAACGGGGUCAAGACAUGGGACGAGCAUGCCACAAUAGUCAGCGGCCGCUUCCAGACUGGCAAGACCGUUGCGGUGGAGGAAGUCUUUCGUGGUGCACGGGGAAUCUUCAAGCACACGGUGAAGGAUGAGCACUGGGAAGAGAAGCUAUACAAGAGCCUUCAGGUUGAUGGACCUGGCAUGUUUGAGACUGUCCUUGUCCGUGUGAAAGCAGAGUUAGCGAAGUUGGCUGACCCCAUCACCAAGACACCAAUCAUACUGCUUGAAGUCCCACGCACCACAACGAAAGGUAUGGACACCAUUUCUUCGACAUCGAAGGAUUUAUCCACGGAAGGGGGCAAAGCAGCGCACGCUGGGGUUCUUGCUGCACUGGCGUUCGACGCUGGUGGUGCAAAUCGUCAGAAAGACAUGUGGAUAGAUGACCUGACGGCAGAGGAGGCGAAGAAGGUGCUCACCCUGCACGGGCAUGAAGAGAAUGCUCAAGACAUCAUCGAUGCCUGUGGCUCUCGCGUUGGCGACUUGACAGAAUCGCGCAAGGACAUGGUCGCUGGCAAGACGCUGCAGGAGUUGAAGCAGGAGACAGAAGCCGCUGCGGAGAGAGAAGUGGAAAGAUUCCUCAAUUUGGAGGUCGAGGUUGCUGGUGGCCGCGUAAUUCCCAUUGGCCGCAAUGUCCUGACCAAGCUGGCAAACAGCAAGCAACGUGGAGGUGACGGCGCUGCUGAGAGAUCUGCAGGGCAGGGCAUCGUCCCCAAAAUG